GUUAGAGUUACUACCUCCUCGCAACUCCUCUCUCUCGGCUACACGUUUCAUCAACCCCAUGGCCUCCGACCGCCUCCGCGCCCUCCACGCCUUCGACAACACCAAGGCCGGCGUCAAGGGCCUUGUCGACGCCCGCGUGAGCGACGUCCCUCGCAUCUUCCACCACCACCCCGACGCCCUCGCCCUGUUCACGGUCUCCACCCACGUCCCCAUCCCGAUCAUCGACUUCUCCCGCCGCCGAUCGGAGGUCGUCGCCGCGGUGAAGGUGGCGGCCGAGACGGUGGGCCUGUUCCAGGUGGUGAACCACGGGGUGCCGGAGGCGGCCAUGAGGGACAUGCUGGCGGCGGUGCGGCGCUUCCACGAGGAGCCUGUGGUUUCCAAGGCGCCCUACUACACGCGGGACGCGGCGAGGCGCGUUCGCUGCAAUUGCAACACCGACCUCUUCCAGGCGCCCGCGGCUAGGUGGCGCGACACCCUCUACCUGGACGACCCGGACAAGGUGGCUGCGGAGGAGCCUCUCCCUCCGGCGUGCAGCAGCAUCGUGCCGCGCUACACCCAGUUGAUGCGGCAGCUGGGGCGCAACCUCUUCGAGCUGCUGUCGGAGGCCCUGGGGGUGCGGCGCGGCCACCUGGAGGAGGAGGCAGGCUGCAUGGAGGCGAUCACCAUGUUCGCCCACUACUACCCGGCGUGCCCGCAGCCGGACCUCACGCUGGGCGCCGGGAAGCAUUCUGACCCGAGCUUCGCCACCGUACUGCUCCAGGACCAAGUUGGUGGCCUCCAGGUGCUCGUGGAGGAGGGUGCGUCUGCCGCCUGGGUGGACGUGCCGACGGUGCCAGGGGCGCUGGUGGUGAACGUGGGAGACUUCCUCAAGCUGGUCUCCAACGGCCGGUUCCACAGCGUGUUGCACAGCGUCGUGGCCAAGGACGUCGGUCCCCGGAUCUCGGUGGCCUGCUUCUUCCGGGCCAAGGGGGUGACGGUGUGCGCCCCAGUUCUGGUGGACGGGACGGGGAGUGGUUCACAGGCGCAGUGCAGGACGGUGACGGCGGAGGAGCUGCUGGGGUCGUCCAGGGCGCAGAACGGGCUGGCCAACCUGAGGCUCUAGCUCUCCUCCUGCCCUCUAGCUAGUUGCAGCAGUGGCGCCUCAGUCUGAGUGGCGCCCCUAAUAACCUCUGUAUUAAUUAGUAAAUCGGUGACUAUUGUUGA